AUGGCAAGUCCACAACAGCUUGCUACUAGCUUCACAAAACUAGUGCAGGAUUAUAUGGAGUAUGCGCAGCAAGUAUUCAUUAAACCAGUGCACGCUGCUUUGGCUGGUCCUGCAAGCUGGUCUCCGCCGCCUACUGGACGCGUCAAGAUUAAUACUGAUGCUCACCUGAUGAACGGAGGGGGAGUGAGUCUGGGUGUUGUGCUACGGGAUGCUCAGGGGCAGAUUAUUGCAACAGGAGUUAAGAGAAUUCAAGCACGAUGGGAGGUGGAACAAGCAGAGGUUGCAGGAGUAAAAUUUGGUAUGCAAGUGGCCAGAAGGAUGGGACAUGUAGAGAUGAUGGUGGAAAGUGAUGCACUGACAGUGGUGCGGUCUAUCAACAACAACAUUACUGGUUUUUCCCCUUUGCUCCUAUACUAUGAGGAUAUAGCCAGAAUGAAGCGUGAGUGUGUAUUUUUCAACUGUAGUCAUGUGCGUAGAGCGGGCAAUACGGUGGCCCAUCUUAUUACAAGAUGGAAUACCGAUGCUUCAGAGUUUGUUUGUUCUGAUAAUUCCCCCAAAAUUGAGUUGAUUCAAGUUGGAGGUGAAAGCUUGGCUCAAUAG